AGAAACGGAGAAAGUGGAUCGUUCGUAUACGCAGCAUAAAAAUUUAAUACGACCACAUAUGAUUUUGAUGCUUUAAUUUUCGGCAAUGCGAUGGUCAACAACUCUAGGUAUCGUUAUUUUUCUUGUUUUUGCUGCUAGUCUUAAAGGUGUGCUGGCAUUUUCAUUUUGUGCCAUUGUAUCGUUUGUGUUUUCACGAAGUUUACUCAAUGGAGAACAUUCGCUCGACUUUACUCGGUAUUUUGCAUCGAAAGCAGGGCUCGGCUCGUCCAAAGAACAGCGAGCUCUGCUGUGUAGCACGACGAAGCAGUUCCCUCGGGGCCUAAAAACCCGUCGUCAUACAUUGAUACGAAAUAUCCUCAGGGAUUUUGUGAUAUCCUGGUACGAAAACGUAGCAAUUGGUGGAGAUUUUAUUUUAGAGACUAGGUCAUUGUUAGAAGAGGCUACCGUGGUGUUUUAUGACAAGCUUGCAAAGACAACAGUCUCCUCCCAUACAGAGAAAUUCUGUGUUGUUCUACACAAGCAUUUAGCAACUGUGGAAGCUGUGAAAUUGACUAUCCCAAAAAACCACAAAGAUUUUGUGGAGAAAUAUCAUUCCUUGCAACAAGAAGGCCAGACUUACAAAAGCCACGAGUUGCAAUAUCUUCGGAAUAUCACAGACUUGUUACUUUACAAACUUAUCAAGCCAAAGACAUUCAACUGCGAUGCAGGUCGAUUUAUCCUGCGUGAAAUUUUAGCUGUCAAACUAUUAUUGGCUCUUUUAGACACAAUAUCUGACCCCAAUUUCUUGAAUGCAUCAAUAAUUAAUAUAUUUGGGGAAAACACAGACGAGAAUCAGCUUGCAACGACCCCAUCCGAGUUUGUUGAUGGCGGAAGUUGUAAUUUAAAGGUAUCGACUUCUUUCAUGGAUUUUCUGGAUGAAAGAUUUGAAUCGGAUGGACAUGACAGAAAGAGAAAGUCGUCUCAGUCAGAAAGUAGCAUGACGUACCAGUUCAAAGGUAGUAUUGUUGUUGAAAAAGAUCAUAGCGAACUUGUGGAGAUCUCCAUGAAACAAUAUUUGCCGGAAAAAAACAGCGUUUUAUCUGAAAAUAAUGCAACUCAGAGCUCCAAGACUUCUCCUGAAACCGUGGAUAAGACGAGUGAUUCUUCACUGCCUAAGAGAAUCAAGCAUACAGUCAAAGAGUUUAGUCAAUCUGGGAUGUUGAAUGGUCUGAAUAAAAUUAAGAAUGAUAUAUUGAAACCGUAUAAGGAAAAGGGACAGCAGGUAAAACGUAGUGAUAGCUUGAGCGCUAGGAUUAAUCCCGGCGGAGCUAUGAUUGCGAGACAAAUACGGAAAAUGUACUCAAGUCCUAUUAUUAGGAUUCAAACUGUGAAAGAUUUAGAUGAGCCUGUGGAAGCUGAUAAAAAUACUACCAAAACUGUAUCAGAUGCUGAUGAUUUGGAUUUUUCACACGAAGAAAGUGAAAUUUCUAAUUCUCAUUGCCAAACUGCAAGUUUGAAUUUUGAUAGACCUGAGACCAAAAGCGAUGAUGCGAACCACCAUCAUUCGCCGCCAAAAACUGUCGGAACUGAUUCGAUGUCCUCGAGUUACGAGGAUAUUGAUUUUUUAAGCAGUGACAGGAAACCAGAGGGUAUUGAUUCUUCGGACGGCAUUUUUGAAUCAAGAGAGACUGGGACAAGACGUCACAUGGCAAGUUUUUCAAGCACAGAUGAGUGGGACAGUGAGUUGUUUGAAAAGACUGACGAUGGCUUAGCCAUUAAUCCUGGUGCUGGUUUUAUCGAAGAAGAUGCUGUCUCCAUUUUGCCCGAUCAGUUCGGAGAUGAUACUAUUUCAACAGCAAAUUUUGCCAUUCAUGACUUGCCUAAUCCUUGUUCAAUGAUUAAUAUUCCUGACACACAAAUAAUGACAGACCAUUCGUUUGAGCCAUACAAAAGUCAAUACACUGUGUAUAUCAUUGUGUACAACAAGCAUUUGGUGAUGUCGCCUGAGAGCGAUGAACAUCCAGUUGAUAUAGAGAGUUCAGAGGCAGACAUGCAGGGUAGCAUCAAAAGACGAUACCGGGAGUUCAUGGAAUUACAUCAUCGACUUGUGUGUGGACCCCUUGCAAGCCUGAUGAAAGAUAUUCCCAAGCCAAACAGAAAAUUCAAUUCUCCUUUCUUCCGCCUGGAUCAAGAUGUUGUUGAAGGAAGACAGAUUCUUUUAGAAAGCUAUUUAAAGUGUCUGGUUACCAAACCUGCUAUUCUACACGGCGACGAUUUCAAAGGAUUUCUAGGAAUUGGAGAUGAGAGCCAUAUGGACUUCAGACGACAUAUUUCAGUUGUUCCCUCAUUACCGAAUGUUCCAAGAAUAGAUAAGAAGUUGCAAAAGAAAGUCACAAAGAUCAUUGAUCACAUCAAGACUGCCUUUGAUACAGGUCCAGUUGAUGGAGACAAAGAGGAAGAAUAUGAUGACAUUAGAAAAGUUUUAGGAGAAGAUAAAAGUUCACAAGAUGACAUCCGAACAUUUGCUAUUUGUUCUAAAGAUUGUAAGUUGAAUCACAGUUGCUGCUACUCUGAAAGAUGUUAUACCUCGUUCAUACAACAUCAAGAAGAGGAUCCAAAUCAAUCCACUACAGAAAACCCUGCUUUGGAUCACAGGCAACCAAAGUCAGGACCCCUUAUCAGGCAGGACCCCUCCAGAAAAAUCUCUCCUAGAAAUGGUCAUGCUAUACAAGAUGUGAAAUUUAGGAAAGAUUUGUCGAACUCAGGUGGUAAAAUUCCAGUGAAAAGAAAUUUUACAGUUCUUGGAAAUGACAUGUCUGACAGCGCAUGCAGCAACAAAGGGCAGGAGAACAAUCCAUUGACAAAAAGUGUACUGAACUUGAGUUGUCAUUUAUUUGAGAAGCAUAAAUCUUGGGUUUGUUUGGAACCAGUCCAAGAAUCUGCUACUACUGUGUUUGGUUGUUUUCUUGAAUGGUGGAUGGAAAGUCUGUUAUCAGAACUAGUCACUGAAGAACAGUGGCAAUAUUACCUGACCUUACUGACAGACACUGUCUGGCCCAGAGGAGAGCUCAUGAAUGCAACCAAAGAAGAAAUAUCUGAUGAAGAAAAACUGAAAACGAAAGAAGAUGCCAUUCAGACUUUGAGUAACUUCUUUGGAGGUGUCUUUCACACAGUAGUUGGUAAGGAUAUUAUUGAAAGCUCAGCCAGAGAGAUUGUGGAAUCAUUGCAAUACUCAGAAAUUAAUAGACAAUUGUUGUUGGAGGUUUUCGAGGUAUUUUUGGCUGAAAUUUUUCCAGAUUUUCCAGAUGAAAUGGAGUCUUAUCUUUCUGGGAGAAAAUGUUGAUUGAAGAUCUUAUUUUGGUUGAGCCAAGGUAAAAAAUAACCUAUCCUAUCCUGAGUGAUAAAAAUUGUACAGAAAUAAAUGAUAUUCUAUUUAUGAAGUGUAAAUGAAAUGGCAUUAAUUAAAGAACAAAAAUUAUCA